AGUGUUGGCUAAUACUGCAGUUCAAUUGGCCUAUAUACAUAUGUGCAUGCAAAUUGUAUCAAACACAAGAAUCUUUGUAAACAACAAAAAAUGAGUGGCGAAAAGGCCGAAAAGGCCAAAAUUAGUGCCCAGAUCAAGCACGUCCCGAAGGACGCCCAGGUGAUCAUGUCCAUCCUUAAGGAGCUGAAUAUCCAGGAGUACGAGCCGCGCGUGGUUAACCAGAUGUUGGAGUUUACCUUCCGCUACGUGACUUGCAUCCUGGACGACGCCAAGGUGUACGCCAAUCACGCGCGCAAGAAAACCAUUGACAUGGACGACGUACGUCUGGCCACCGAAAUGACGUUGGACAAAAGCUUCACCGGACCGCCGGCACGUCACGUUCUGGCCAAGGUCGCUGACGUGCGGAACGGCAUGCCCCUGCCGCCCAUCAAGCCGCACUGCGGUCUCCGCCUGCCCCCCGACCGCUAUUGCCUCACUGGCGUCAACUACAAGCUGCGGGCAACCAACCAGCCCAAGAAAAUGAUCAAGUCAGCGUUGGAGGGGCGCCCACUUAAGACAGUUGUCAAGCCCGUGUCCAGUGCCAACGGGCCAAAGAGGUCCCACUCCGUGGUGGCUAAGCAACAGGUGGUGACCAUUCCCAAGCCCGUGAUCAAAUUCACUGCCACUACGACUACUAAAACGAUGUCCAGCUCGGGAGCACCAGUUUCGGGCGGUCUAGAUGUGAAGAGCGAGCCCAGUGGCUCCGGCGGGGACCUCAAGAUGGAGGUAGAUAACGACGCGGCGGCUGUAGGCAGCAUUGCCAGCGGAUCCGGAUCUGGAGCCGGAAAUUCCAGCGGGGCAGGGGGAUCCUCCUCCGGCAUGGGAGUAUCUAUCAAGCGGGAGCGCGAAGAGGAGGAAAUUGACUUUAUCGCCAACUAGCAACACGAAGAUUCUCACCUUAAAUAUAUUUUAUAUUUGAAAAAAUUGAA